AGAGAGUGACCAGCACAUCGCCUCCCUGUUUCACCCACAAUCCAUCUGAGCAGGAACCGGCUCGUUUGUUUCAACGAGGCAAUAGAGGGUCUGCACAACAAAACGGACUAAUUUGAGUAUUUACGCACCGCUCGGUGGAGAAUUAGAUUCUGUUCAUCUUUUUUAUUUGCAGUUCUCGGACUCCUGCUUCGUCCUGUUGCGCCACCAGCCCUCAUUGUAUCCGGACUCGUCUCCUCCUUUUGUCUGCAGUUGAGCUUUCACGCUUCAACUUCUUGCCUCCUUGUUUCACACAAACAGGAGGUUCGGUUUCUGUUUUCCUCGUUGCGGUCCAAACGGAAUGAAUGACAAAAACAAAGGAGGUUGAUGUCCACAACUCUCCGACUCACCUCUGCUUCGCCUCGCCCAAGGAACGGAGACUCCAUCUCCGGCACAAGAUGGAAAGCGGAGGCGGGACGGAGAGCCCGGAGCCGCAGCAGAACUCCCGACCCGAUCCGGAGCUCCCUGCGGUGCUGUGCGCUCAGCCACCCGGGGAGAAGAAGAAGAUAAACCGGGCUCCGUCCCCGGCCAGACCCAAAGAUGUGCCCGGGUGGUCGCUCACCAAGAUCCGCGGAGGGAUCGGGACCCCGACCCUGAGCGUUAAGCCGGGUUCCAUCCAUCUGGGCAGCCGCAUCUCCAGGCGCAGCCCCGUGGGGAGUCUGGCAGGGAAGGACGGCAAAGCGGAGAAAUGUGGAGGCGGCAAACCGGCGGGGAAAUCCUCCAUCUCCAGUGGUUUGUUGUCCAAAACCUCCAAGGCGGCCAAGAGCACUGGGGGAAGGAGGAAGGUGUCGGACGCCAGCAUCGGAUCCGAUGAUUUAUCCAAAGACUCCGGAUGCGCCCCGGGGAAGCUCUCCCCCACCGACAGCAGCUCCGAGCUGUCCGACUGCGCCUCCGAGGAGAACAAACUCUCCGCGGACGCAGCGAGCAGCGACGCCGAGUCCAGAAGCAGCAGAGGCGGCGGGUUGGACGUGGAGAAGCCGCCGAUCAGGGACGGAGCUGACAGAGCGAGCCAACCAGCCACCUCCAGGAGCGCAGAGAAGGAGAGGCUCUCCCUGGGCAUGGAGACCGGGGAAGGGAGCAUCUCCCCCGGGGACGAGCGCUCGGUUACCUCCUUUGACAGCAGGGUGCCCGCUAGCACAUCUCUGGCUUUCUCGGACCUCACGGAGGAGUUUAUGGACGGCAUGCAGGAGGAGUUUGUCAGGGAAAUAGAAGAGCUGAGAUCCGAGAAUGAUUACCUCAAAGAUGAGAUGGAGGAGCUGAGGUCUGAGAUGCUGGAGAUGAGGGACAUGUACAUGGAGGAGGAUGUUUACCAGCUGCAGGAGCUACGGCAACAGCUGGAGCAGGCAAACAAGACCUGCCGCAUCCUGCAGUACCGGCUGAGGAAGGCAGAGCGGCGCUCUCUCCGAGUGGCCCAGACGGGGCAGGUGGACGGAGAACUGAUCCGAACGCUAGAACAAGACGUAAAAGUGGCGAAGGACGUCUCCAUCCGUCUCCACAGCCAAUUGGACAGUGUGGAAAAGAAAAGGAGUCACCUUGAGCAGGAAAACGAGGAGCUGAGGGUCCGACUGCAGGACCUGGAAGUCGCCAAACAGGUUCUGCAGCAGGAGAUCGACAAGAACUCCCAGAAGAAACGAGGAGCGCGACCCAACAACAAACCUGACAAGAAGCUCGGCCCGCAGGAGGACAGUUCGGACCUGAAGUGUCAGCUCCACUUUGCCAAAGAGGAAUCAGCGCUGAUGUGCAAGAAGCUGACCAAGCUGGUGAAGGACAGCGAGGCCAUGAAGGAGGAGCUGACCAAGUACCGCUCGCUUUACGGGGACGUCAACGCCUCGCUCACCGUGGAGGAGGUUGCCGACUCCCCCCACACCCGGGAGGCGGAGAUCCGAGUCCACCUGAAGCUGGUGGAGGAGGAGGCCAACCUGCUGAGUCGGCGUAUCGUGGAGCUGGAGGUGGAGAACCGAGGACUCCGAGCCGAGAUGGACGACAUGAAGGGGCCACAAGACGGUCCUCAGGAGCUGGCCGGUGUGGGCGGGGCUCUAGGGGUGGGGCUUGGCCUGACAGGCGGGGCCAUGGUCCUCGGGGGAGGAGCCUCAUCUGAAAACGUCAUGGAGCUCCAGAGACACCUGCAGUUUGUGGAGGAGGAGGCGGAGCUGCUGAGGAGGUCCCUGAUCGAGAUGGAGGAGCAGAACAAGCUGCUGAUGAACGAGAUCAACCGCUACAAGUCCGAGCUGCCACCACCGGCCUCCGCUCUGACUUCCAACUCGCUGAUGUCGCUGACGGACGGGCUGCUGAACGACAGCCCGGUCCACUCCAUCCAGGAAGCGGCGGUGCUCAUCAGCACCGACACGCCGGCCCCUGAGGAGGAGCUGCGACUGGCCAGGCUCCAGAUCGGAGAGCUGAGCGGGAAGGUGAAGAAGCUACAGUACGAGAACCGAGUGCUCCUGUCCAACCUGCAGCGCUGCGACCUGGCCUCCUACCACACACCUUCAUCCUCCUCCUCAUCCUCACUCAGACUGGCUCUGGAGACGGACGCCGAGGCCGGAGACUCAGCAGAGUGCCUCCCAACCAGCCCGCCACACCGUAAAGAGCCGGUUGGAGGCGAGAACGACACCCUCGAGAUGAAGGACCAAAGAAGGAAGGUGGAGGACAACGCUGACGCUUUGCUUACCGGGCGCUUGGGGCAGAAGGACCAUGAUGCCUUGCUGGCCAUGAGGGACCAGGCUCGCUUGGUUUCCACGGCGAUACAGCUCCUGACCUCCCCAGAGUCCAACUGCCUCUCGUCCUCGCCCUCCAUCUAUCACAAGGUGUGCAGCAACGAGGCGGCAGAGCCGUGUGACCUGGAGAAGCCUCAGCCUCACGGCCAGAUCUCCGAACUGUCGGACCUGUCGGACCGUCCUCUGGUCGGCGCUCUGACCAGCAGGCUUCAGGCUCUGCACACACAGCUGCAGGCCUUCGUCGAGCAGGUAGACGGCCUGAAUAAACUCCCGGCAGCAGGGAGGGAAGCUCAGGUGGAGCCUCCUGCUUCAGCCUGCACCUCCAUCAGCUGCUCUGAGAACACAAGUCCAGACGGGCAGAACAGGGCGGCGGAGAAGCAGCCUGAUUGUAGGGACCAAUCAGAGGCAGAGGUGAAAGAUGAAACCCAGCUGAACAGCCAAUCAGACGGCAGCGAGACGAAAAAGCAGGAAAUCGACCGAGCGGAACAGGAAGAGAAGGAGAUGGAUGAUGCAGCGCCCGUCCAGUCCAAUGACCUUGAGGUCCGGCUGUCCGAAACAGGGACUCAAGAGGAGCUGGGGAAAGAGAAGGAGGCUCAAAAAGAAGCUGCUCUCAAACUCACACAGCUCCAGGAGGAACACCAGAAGGCUCUGCUCCGGCGAGACUUCCAGCUCCAGAGUUUCAGCCUGCAGGCUCGUCUUCAGCAGAAGUUGUGGAGUCAGGAGAGAACUCUGCUGGUCCAGGAGUCGCAGCACCUCAAACAGGCUCUUUUACUGCUCAGCCUCAAACUGCGCUGCUUCCUCAAACAGUGGCGGCUCGGCUGCAAGAAGGACACCGAGUGGAAGGACGUCCUGGAGAUGAACAGCCUGAAAGAUCUUUACCUGCUGCUGGAGGAGGAAAACCUGCCGAGUCCAACCCACCAGACUGACAAGAGGAGCUCUGCAGACGAGCAGCCGCUCAGUCCCAGAAUAGAGUCGAGCGCUGUGAGCAGCACUCUGGCAGACCUGAAGGUGGCGCUGCAGGACCUGAGCGGGGAGCUGCGACAGGAGAGACAAGGCUCCCAGGAGCUCACUCAGCAGUUUGCAAAGGCCAAAGCAUCAUGGGAGGUGGAGCGGACCGAACUGAAGAGCCUCAUCACUCAGCUCGAGACCAAAGCAGGAAAAGCAGCAGCAGCAGCUUCUCUGUCCUCCACUGAUGCGCUGGACCCUCCGGACCUGAAGGUGGCGCUAAAGAGGGAGCGUGAGGAACAUCAGCACCUCCUGGCCGAAUCCUACGCCGCUGUGAUGGACCUGACCAAACAGCUUCAGAUCGGGGAGAGAAACUGGGGCAGAGAGAAGCUGGAGCUGCUGGAGAGGUUCAGCCAGGAAAGAGCUCAGUGGGAGCAGAGACUGAGGGAGGCCACAGCUCAGCCGAAGUCGAAGCCGUCGGGCGGCGAAUCCUCUGCAGACACUGGAGUCACUAAUGGAACAGGAUCACCAAGGAUCAAGUCCCCACUGGAGCUGGAAGGUCCAGAGGUCAACGGAGCAGCCAAUCAGGAGGAGAAGACCCAGUUUGCUGUCCCACCUCUUUUUAUGCGCCCAGAGCCGGGUCACAUCACGAGGAAGAACUGGACCGACCUGACCGAUGAGACUCCAGAGAUCACAGAUACUUGUAAGACCUGGGACGGUCCCAGCGGUACCUGCAGCAGCUCGGCAGAAUCUCACCUCAAUCUGGAGUCUGUGCAGAGAAGCUUCACUGCUCCGGACAGAACCGGCAUCCGGAUCUACUACAGCCCUCCUGCUGUGCGGCGAAUGGAACACCGGAGGAGGAACCAGGAGGCCAAAGAGUUGCAGCACACCCAGAACGGCAGCUCCUCCCUGGGACUGGACGGCUCCAGUGCAGGCGUUGCUUCGGUGGGAUCUCUAGACGUUCAGCACCAACAGCCUUCGUCCUGCUUCUCUUCUUCCUACGAACAGUGGCUGAGCUCUUUGUCCACGCAGCACCGGGAGCUUCUGGAGAGCAGAACCGGCUGUGUGGCCACUUCCAUGCCGAGCAUCAUCAACAACGGCGUCGGCGGCUCGGCCAGCAGCCUGGUCGAUGGGAUGUCGUCCUCCUCCGCCUUCCAUGGCCUGGAGAUCGGCGAGAUUUCAGCCAAUCUGAGCGACGACAUGAAGGAGAUGACCAACUGUGUCCGCCAGGCCAUCCGCUCUUCAUCGCUGGAGAGGAAAUCCAGCAAGGAACCUGGGAGUCAAAUGGUCGGCGUCUCCACCAGAUCCACUCAGACUGCAGCUCAGUACGUCAGCAUCGGGCUUCAGACGGAGAACCUUCCCAGCAGCAGGGGGUCGGGGUUACACUCUAAAUCCUGGUCACCUCGUCCUUCAUCUGCCACCACCUCCUCGCUGGCGUCGGCCCGAACCCGGCAGAUAUCGACGUCACUGGAUAAAGUCCACAGCCGCAUCGAGAGGCCGUGCUGUUCGCCCAAGUAUGGAUCACCGAAGCUACAGCGCAGAGUGUCUUCUGGCUCCACCUCCAGACUGGAUGGGAGUUCCUCCAGGGAUCGCAGCCUGUGGAGUCUCCAGCAGAGACCCAUGAGCGGAGGAGGAGGUUCGGCCUGGGCUCGAUCCACCACCACUAGGGACAGUCCAGUCCUGAGCGGCCUCACCGAUGGCCUGUCCAGCCUCUUCAGCGUGGUGGAGCACUCUGGAAGCACUGAGUCACUGUGGAGGGGUGAGGCAGGAACCAGCCAGACUGCCAGCCCGGCUCGGCAGCCUCCUGCUGCAGGAAAACCCUCGGGGGCGGUGGUUUGUACAUCAGACUCCAGCUCUCAGCGGUACGGAGGCCUGGUCCAGGAGUUCUUCAGGAACGUCUGCAGCAACCGGAGCCCAGGAGGAGUCGCCCUGCCUGGAGAGAGAGCGCAGAGAGACUCCCUCGGUGGUUUGACCGUCUUGGGCAGUUUUGGUGCCGUCGAUGAGCCCAAACCAGAGUGCGUGUCAGUCGGAGGACUCGGCGCUCUGGCUGGGUUGGGCGGAGGCAACGACAACGUGACCAGGAUUGUUAAUAAAAGGUUCAUGAGGCAAACAGCUGGAGAGGAGAUGGUCAGCAUCAUGGGAGGAGGGAAAGAAACGACGAGCAAUGCCACCGCUGCAGGAUCUGGGGUGGAGGAUGCACCUUGUGACUGCACUGCCCAGUCCGCCUGCUUCGCCCGACCAUCGAGAGCAACAACUCGCCACUGCAAACAUCGUCCACUAGAGUCUCCGGCAGCAGCAGAGGAGAAGGUGGACGCCUGCAGCGAGUGACCACACUUCCACUGCCACACAAACACACAAAGCAAUACUGAUUCUCCACAAACACCACUGCCAUGUAAACACACACCAAAUGUACAUACGCACCCACAACCUGCCACACAGGCACACUGCCAAAUAUAACACACACACAAAACUGAUGGCACACCACAAAACUACUGCCACAUGCACACAACCAUGAAACACACCAAACACACAACCCAGGCAAUACUACGCUGUACCACUCUGAUGCCAAGGACAGGGAGGACUCACAACCCGGAUUCAACCAUCACAAAACUACCAGCAGGAGAGAAAACGCCGACACACACACAUUCUUACACACUUGAUUAAACAAGAAUAACUUUAAACUGCAGAAAGUCUAACAACUAAAACGAAGAUGUCAGGACUGGAUCAACUCAAAACCCCUCCAACUUACACAGUAACAGGUACUACAGCUUCAGAUGGUCAUCUAACUUACCACUGAGCUGUUCAACAAGCAGCCAUGUUGGAUUUCCAGAUAAGGAAGUGCAUUAAAAGUGCAUGUGUUGCUAUAAAACCCCAGAGGAGACAUUUGGGACAGCUGGAAAGACCUUUUAUGUCGUGUUUGCAACUCCAAAACCAUCCAAAUCUGAGAUGUAAUUUGACGAUCUAUCCAGAGAUGCUUUCUCCAUAGAUGUUUUUUCCUCUCUGAACUUUGUCAUCCCCACACAUGCUGCGCUGGGAAAUUACUUAGAUUGAUUUAGCACAAUCACAUUCCAGCGACUGUGUCCGACGUGGAUCCUGAAACUCUCGAUUACACAACUUCCUCAGUCGUGGACUAGUUUACAGCGUCUCGCAAAAGGAGCAACUCAAGGACUGACGGAUGUUUGGACUUCACAGUUCUACAGAUGAGACCACAAAAUCUGAUCUCUUCUUAUUUAUUAGCGAACAACAAAAAGCUGUUGAAGCUUGUUUAGAUGCUAACAGUCCACUGUGUUCUCGGAGGGACUUUGUUCACACGGACUGGGACAUUUUUUGUGGCAUUGUAGCUGCAACUUGUAGAUGUAAGAAGAACCUCCUUUGAAGAAGUUACCCUGCAGAGUCUGAUUGAGAAAUUUCAGUUUGAAUCAGUUCCAACAGGCAGAAUGUACCUGUUUUUGAAAUAUUACACGUUUGAGUGAUGAUCGGAUGAAGACAUGAGGUGAUGUUUCCACUGCAGGAGCAGAAGAUGGUGCGAAUGUUUACAGGAACGGACCCGUAAUCAACCUUUUAGCCUUUCUGCUUCCAUUAAGGUGUAGAAUUCAACAGUUUUGACCACAACUUUAUGUUCGAGUGCAAAAAUUUGAUUAUUGAAUGUAACUCCAUCGUAUAAUUGAAGCAUAUGUUAACCCAUGUGCUGAAUUUUAGGUUUUUGACAGUGAUGGACGAGGAGUCCUCUCCAAGUUUAACCAAUCAAUGGCGUCAUCUCCAAAUUUAACCAAUUAGCUUCCAGUCCCACCCUCAUACACAUUUUUAAAGGUUCCCCAGAAGUAUCUACCCUUGUUUCUCCCCCCCCCCCCCAAAAAAAAAAACAGCCCUAGGUUGUGCAACAAGUUUUUGCAGUCAGAACACCUAAAAAGCUCCUGCAGCAGAAAACGCCUGAAAUAUUGGACCUAGUUACACUGACUGCAGUCAGAAAUGUCUGAUUGCAACCUUAAAGCCGCUCUACAGCGUUUAUGUGGCAUUGAAUAGAGCUGCACUAGUAAUCUUUUUUGUUUUUACGAGUUUUUAAGGCUUCCUCAGCCACUAGUUGGGAUCAUGUGACAGAAGCAAAAGCAACACAGCAAAAUUCAUUCCAUUGUUCUUCAUUUUCACAUCACAUGUGGCUUUUGGAAUCUGAUUUACAUGGUUCUGACAUGUCAUUGAUAACUUUUGAUGUUGGCUCAUUGGUGCAUACCUGCACUUACUGCCUCAGAUAUGAGCAGUAGGUCAAAAAAAUCAAUGAGUCACUGCAGGGGAUCUCUGGAGAAAGUAGUCCCAUCGACCAAAAACUCUACAAAAUGUGUUAAAGGUAGUCGUUGCAUUCCUUUAACAAGAGAUAAGAUUCAGAGUUUGCCAGAUGUGUGUUUGGUUUGUACGUACAUUUGAUUGUUCACUUGUCAGCUUUCUGGUGUAUCGAUGCAUCAUUUCCUGGUCCGAUGAAGGGGAGAGUUUAAAAACCUCGCCUUCAUUUCCUCUGUUACACUUCGACCACAUUUCUGCUGUGUGAUCCCUAUUUUGAAGAUGUAGCAUUAUAAUGGUAACGUUUUUGAAGCUAAAAGCUGUUAAAGCACUAAAGGUCUUUACUUAUUUCAAGAGAUAAUUUCAUGCAAUUAUUGAUUUACGUCAGACUUUAGUAACAUUGACUUUCUAAAUUAAAAGCGUAUGUCCUUGCUGUUUUUUUUCUACAGUCAGUUCCAGUCGUUUAAAAUGUGUUUGUGCACACGUAAAGGAAAAAUGUGGGACUGAUACAAAUGCAAAGACACAAAGAGUCUUAUUUGAAAACUGUAAAUUGAAAACAAUCAUAUUCGGAAGGGUUUUUAUCGCACUCUAAUUCUCCUAUCUAUAUGUUUGCCACGUCAUUCUCUUUCUAAUCAAUCAAAGUGCCUGUUAGUUCGCCUGUUAGUCAGCUCACACCAAAACUGGACUCCAUAUAAAACACGUAUAAACCCGGCAGGCCUUUUUUUUUUAAUAAUUAAGGUUGUUUUUAUGCACAUAAUUACAAUCAGGCAGUACUAAAGCUAGAAUAAUGUACUGAAGGAGGGACAACAUGGUUACCAGGUAUAGGAGGAUAUAUUAUAUUCACAUUUUUUAUAUUGAGGGUUAUAUUGUAUUUCUGGAAAUUAAAUUAUUUUUGUUUAGUUUGGUUUAUUUUUAUGGAUGUUUUGCUGAUAAAUUAGCCUGUUUCUAUUCUUUCUAUUUAGUUGUCAUGGUGCUACUUUUGUGCAAAGUCUGCUGUGGGUUUUUCUAACCCUUUAGCCAGGCGUCCGUCCAUCUAUUUCAUCUCCGCCGCUGUUCGAGCAGCGUUUCUCGGUCUCUGCACUCCAUUUAAUGACUCAGCAGUUUAAAAUAGGGCAUUACAGUAACAGUGCGUGUGUUUAAAUAACACGCUGAGGAAAACCCACAGACUAAAAUGCUGCUGUCUGUCUCCACUCUGCCCCAAACCAACUGCAUGAAACCAGCUUCUAAAGCGACCGGUUUGAUUUUUACUGGCUGUCUGAUUUUUGAACCGCAACAGGUAGUUUUAGCCUGAAGAUCCGAUGAGUUAAACCACAGAAACCCAGUUCACACCCAUUUCUUUUCGUAUUCAGUGACAUUUCUAUCGUUUAAAGUUUUGUAGCUGCAUCUAUUAACCACAUCUGGCGAAUUAACUGUAUCCAAUAUGAAUUUAAGAAGAAAAAAAGGAGGUGAACAGCUAAAAUAGACUAUUUCAGUUCUGUCGGUAGAAGGUUUAGGAACAUAAACGUUUACUCUUGAGCUUAAGAUUCACACCAGUUUAACUAAAUGAAAAGUUUGCUUUUUUAACAAGUGAUACAGGUUCAUUUAGUGCCCUGUAUGUCUUAACUUACUACUUAGAAAAAUAUAACAUUUUCAAGAAAAACUCCACUGAAAAUGCAGGACUUAAACAUCAUCCAUGCAUAUCACUGUAGUUUCUUCUACACAGCUGUUGUUUGCUUGAAUUUACAGCAAUUUCACAGCAGAAACAACAGUCAAAUGAAACUCCAGCAGCAUAAUCUACUCUUUUGCUGUCUCUCCAUUUGUUUCCAGAAGUUCUAGAUUUGCCAAAAUAUAACUCUGUAAGUUUUUUGACAGCAACAUUUCAUAAAUAUCUAUACUGAUGAUAGUUCAGACAAAUGGUAAAAUGAAUAUUUUUUUGUCAUUAUGGCUGCAGAAGCCUUUGUCAAGAAUCACAGUCAGCAGUGAAAAGACUCUGAGAAGCAGCAGACAGUAACACAGGGAGGCUGAUGUCAUGUCUACAGUGACCACAGUCCAAUAAUGACUCCCACAGUCUGUCCUGUUACGUACGAAGAUAAAUACUCUGAAACCACAAAGAAACCUUUAUCAUGCACUAAUAAUAGGUUUGGCACCAUUUCUUCUUUUCACAUGAACUGCAGAGCUCCAAGAUCUGUCACAAAAUCCAUUAAUCUUAAUUUGCAACUGCUAUACUUGUUUUAAAAUUGGAAAAUUCUUAAUAAAAUAAGGCACAAACGUAAAAGAAAUCAACUUUAAAAAUGACAAAAUCCCCAGUUUUGAGAAGAUUUUGACAUCAUUCAGUUAAAAUAUUCACGAUUACUGUGCAGAAAGUAUUUAAACACUGAGUUUUUUCUUACAAAGUUCCUGCUGACGUGCAAGAAAGUUUACCAGAUUCUUUUCUACCUCUUACACUUUUUACUACACUCUGAGAUCUGGCAUCAGAUAACACAGAACACUAGUCAUGUAUCUUUGACAUAAUAAAGCCUCUCUGCCAUUUAGUCUCACGAGAAGGUCACUUUAGUGCCUUUUUCUCUACAAAGAUGUCUCCGUUUGAUCAAGACUUUUAUUUUCCUGCAAAUAUCUGGUUUUAACUCAGUACAUACAUGCAAAAUUUCAGAUUAAAAGUGUCUGGAAUUCAGAUUAAAUGUCUUAUUUUGUCAUCUUGCAUUAGAUUUUCAGAAGUCGCUCUGCUACAAAGGUUGCAAACCAGUAAGGGAUCUCAGUGUCAAGGUCGAGCGUACAGCCUUAGAAAUUAGUGUUUUUGUGACCAGACCUCCAAAUGGGUGAAAAUUUGGACCAGUUGUACAUUUUGGCUAAAUGUUUUUUACGCUAACUCAAGCAGCUGCCUGUAUUUUUUGACUUGGAAGAAAAAUCCAGAUCCUGAUUUUUUUUCACCGACUUGCACACUUGAAGCAACUGCUGUGUUUAUUUACAGUACUAGCGACUUUACUGUCCUAUUUUUGAAAAUAUAUUUGAUUUUUAAUAUAACAAACAACAACAUGUGGCAAAUCAGAGCUGGAAAUCCAUCUCACAUCUGCUGUCAUUUACUGCAACGUGGACAUAUUUUCUAUGUUCUAUUUUCUAAAAAUAACUAAAAGAUUUCUCUCGGAUGUCACUGGUCAGUCGUCUCCGCCUCUCCAGCCUUUCCACCUGCCCGCCAGGUGUCACAUUAGCUCCUCCCCCUCAGGUUACAAGCACGAGGCAUUUCAGCCGAUAACAGAACCGUUUGUUCACCAGCCGAUGACAGAUUUUACAGGUUGCAUGGCACAAAACCAUGAGUCUUACUGUUCCCUGUGCGUCUGCAAGCCUGUCAAAGCGACAUGUCGACUUUUUUUAAACGUGUUUCCAUACCAUUCAUAUGAUUAUUACAUGCUGGGAAAAAAAACGUGUACAUGAAUUGAAUUCUUAGCUGUUCAUAAUGUUAGCCGAACUAGAGACUGCCUGUAUAUUCGCUUUAUAACCUUAGUCUUGUCUUUUUUUUAAUAACGGCUUGAUUCUCGAAUAAAAGGAGAAUGCAAUGAAAGCAAAAUAAAGUGAGUACACGGUAAAGAAAUGUGUCCCCCAUGUAUUGGAAAAGAAAAGGAAAAGGUCUGUACUCUGUGUCCUUCUGUUUAUCUGAGAAAAGCUGAAUGUCAACAGCGGAUCUGAACCGGGCCGCUGUGGAAGUAUGUAGCUCUCUCCCUUUAUACACCACACUUGAGCAUUUCUUCUGUACAUAGGUGCAUUUUGAAGCUGAUGGAAAAACAAACGAAUGACAGCAAACAAAAUCAAAUGAAAAAAAUUUGAUCCAUGUGGAUUUUUAAAAGGGGUUGGGGGGUUUCUUUUUUCCGAGCAAUGUAGCUUGUAAACCAAGAUAUUAUAACUGCCUCCUGUUUGUCAUAGAAUUCACAAAUAAAUGUUUGAUGGACUUUAAAGUC